AUGGACACUUCUCGAGUUGAGAAACUGCCCCAAAUAGAAGAAGGCAUUGAAGAAAUUGAAGAUGUUGAAGACGCGGAGGAAUUUCCUUCCAGGUUUGGAUACGUUUCAGAUGUUUUUAUUUAAGGAAAAUGGAAGAUUUUCAACUUUGAUUUUAAAGCCGCUGUUUUCAAAGCUCAAGUUCUAGAUUUAAAAAAAAUCAGAAAAAAUUGGUAGGAUUCAAAAUAUUUGAUACGGCUAUUCUAAAUUGAUACAGAAACUGAACAUUCUCCAAACUUUCUUGUUUCUACCGUAACCCAACCUUCGAGAGCGGUCUUUUUAGACAAAAAUUAUUUAUAUCACGGAAAUCAAAUAGAAGUGAAGAUUGAAUGAACUUUUUCAGUAGCACAAUGACGGACCUGGUCCUGUGCGAUUUGGGCCUCGCUGACAUUCCUCUACGGUACCUCCACAGUACGACAUUCUACAGUCCCGAGAACAUCCGCGAGCUCGUCCUGAGCCACAACGCCUUCUUCGAACUCUCCGGAAUCUCAGCCUUUGUCAAUUUGAUCACCCUGAACGUGGCAUCGAACUCGCUGACGUCGCUGCCAGACGAAAUCGGCUGUUUGUCUAAGUUACGGUACCUCGACGCGAGGAACAACCUUCUCGAUGGACUGCCCAAGACGAUGUGCUCCUUCACCGAAGUCGAGAACAUCAACCUGUCCGGCAACCGGAUCGAACAACUUCCCAACGCCAUCUUCAACAUGCCAAAGUUGAGGGUUCUCCACCUCGGUGGCAACCUCAUCGAUCAGCUCCCUUACGCCAUUGGCUCCCUUACAUCGUGAGUUUCUACAGGCCUACAUUGGCUUCUUCAUUGACUUUAAAAUUAGUUUUUACUUUUGUAAGCUCACAGUCUUAUCAAAGGUUCAAUCCAUCAUAGAUAUAUAGAUAGUAGUUUCAAAUAGGAACCGAAAAAAAAGAUCCAAUAUAUCCAACAGAAUUAUCACUUUUAAAAUUAUCUUAUUGAUUCAAUUCCAGGCUGGAAAUCCUGUACCUCGGCGGAAACCGUCUACAAGAAGUUCCGGCCACUAUCGGCUGUCUGGAGCGUCUGACCUCGUUGGCCCUUUGCGACAACAUUCUGGAGACGAUUCCACAUACUUUAGGCGAGCUGAAGCACCUCGAGAGCUUGUCCUUGCACAAUAAUAAUCUCAAGGUUGGUCCGACUUCGUUUAGGCUCGAUUUAAUAAUCAAUUCUGCAGACGUUGCCCACGGAGAUCAUCAAUCUAAGGAACCUCCAGCAGCUCUCCUUGAGAAACAACCCGUUGGUCCAUCAUUUCGUCCACAAUAUGGAGCUGGAGCCACCGACUUUGAAGGAAUUGGCCGGAAGGGUCGUCCGAGUUCGGAUGUCCAAGCUCCCGUUGAAGGAUAUCAUGCCGAGGUAAGGUUUUUUACGUUUCGGUUACUGUAUAAGUCACCUUGAAAUAGCUCGAUUACUUGUCUCUUCAAGAUACCGUAACUUUAAAACGUCUCUUUGUUUGUCAGCCAAACAGAGAAAACUCUAUGAAGCUACCGUAUCCUUUGAAAAUUAAUGGAGAGAACCUCUCAAAGAACUUAGACUUGGACUCCCUUCUUGAAUAAAAAUAAAUAUUACGACCGUAACCUACAGUAUUGUUAAUUACAGGGAAGUCCUCGACUACCUCCAAUCAGCGUGUCAAUGCGUCAACCCGAAAUGCAAAGGAGUCUACUUUGAUGCUCGCGUUGAGCACGUCAAAUUCGUCGACUUUUGUGGAAAAUACCGUGUCCCAUUGCUUCAAUUCUUAUGGUCAGUUCAUUUUCGCUUAACGAUCGAACUUCUUUUUUUAUUAUUCAUAGUUUGAUCAAAACUACCUUUCGAUAGGUUUUAUUGAGAAAGUUUUGAGAAAGUAACCCGAUUUUUUGAAGUUUCCCAGUGAGAUUGUAUUAUUACGAAAAUAAUAAAAUUUUAUACUGAAUUUAUUCUUUGUUUUUCAGCUCUCCGAAAUGCAAAGCGGGUACUCCGACAAUCGCGAUCGAAACAAGCUCGUCGGAAUCUGAAGACGACGUCUUCCAGCCACGGAUGCGACGUGUUUUGCUUGGAUAA